AAAUAGCGCAACGUCGCGAACGGCGUCGGCAGCCAAAAUGUCGGCAGUUUCUCAACUUUAAGCGUACCCUCUGUCAACAUUUGUAAAUCUCCAUCGAAGUCAACAUCGAAUCAGCCAAUAAUUAAAUCAUUAAUGAUGUAUGAUCGAUAUUAGAUCCUCUUGAUACAGUGAAAAAUCGGAAUCGUCAGAAUUUCGAAGGAUAUGUAAUAAGGCAGAUAUGAUUUUACAAAGAAGUUAAAAUGUCUAGUGACAGUAAUCAAACUCCUCAAUCUGGCAAGCGAAAAAAACUUGUCAAACUUGACAGUGAAGAUAGCGAUGAAUCUAUAGUGCAAUCUCGUAGAAGAAAAAAGACUUUUAAAUUCAUUAGUGAAGGUGAAACUAGUGAUGAAGAUAGUGAUGUUCAAAGACCUAUUCGAAUGAAACAUCAUAGAGUUAUUGCAGAUGAGUCAAGUUAUGAAAGCAGCAGUUCAAGUAGUAGUAGUAAAUACAAGCAAUUUGGAGACAGUAGUGAAACUUCAGAAUGGCAAUCAGACUGGAGCAGUUCAUCAGAAUUAGAAAAAAGAUCUGUGGCACGAAAAAUUCUGGGCAAACCAAAAGCUAAAAAACCUCAAAAAAUUGUAUCAGAUACAGAUACAGACAAUAAUGAUGAUCAAGUAGAAAAGUGUCCAAUUUGUUUACUUCCUUUUAAAAGGCAGGAAUUAGGCAGUCCUGCCUCUUGUGAACAUUGUUUUUGUUUAGAAUGUCUAAUUGAAUGGAGUAAAAAUAUAAAUACUUGUCCAGUUGAUCGACAAACUUUUACAGUAAUUAAUGUCAGAGAAAAACUUGGUGGUCAAAUUGUAAGAUGUGUCCCAGUAGAAGUUGCUUCGAGUGAGGAAGAAAAAUUGGAUGAUCUUACAUUUUGUGAAGUAUGUCAUCAAUGUAACAGAGAAGAUCGUAUGCUUCUUUGUGAUGGUUGUGAUCGUGGUUAUCAUUUAGAAUGUUUGACUCCUCCAUUAAAUGAAGUACCCAUAGAAGAGUGGUUUUGUCCAGAUUGUUCCCAGAAUAACCAAACUAAUUCAGAAACUGAGACAAUUAUAAAAUCAUUAGGUGAAGUCAUAAAUGUUUUGGAAGAAGCUCGCAGACUUGGUGUAUCUUAUGGAAGAAUUCGUAGUAAUAUACCACAAGAUUAUUAUCCAAGAAUUAUACCUCGCACUAGACAUACAGAACGUGUUAGAGCUACUAUCCGAAGAAGAAAUAGGCUAGAUGAUACGCAAUUAACUCAACAACUGACAUUUGAUCCAAAUCAACCUUCUACUUCAUCUGGUUUGGAGUCUUUUGGAGAUAAAAGUCAGAGUCGUUCUUCAAGCAAUGCCUCCAGUUCUUUAGGUUCUAGAGGUCGUAAUUGUUCAAACAAACAUUCUGGAAAAUCACGAAAAUAUAGAAGUAGUUCCAGCGAUUCCAGUGAUGAAAGUGUUUCCAGAAAGUCUCGAAGAAGAAUUAAUGAUAAAAAUAAUUCCGAAAAUUCGGGUAAUAAAUCUAGAAAGAAAAAUAAUAAGAGUCAGCAAUCUGGACGUAAUUCACGGAAAAGUGAAUCUAGAAAUAAUUCAAAAAAGUCAAGAAGAUCUAAAAAUGUUUCUAAUAGAGGAACUCUGUUGAAGGAAGUUAGAAUUACAGAAUGCAAUGAAAAUGGGGAGGAGGAAGAAAUCGUAACAUAUGUCAAAGUGGCGGCAGUUGAUUCUAAAAGAAGAAGAAAAACAAAAAGAAGAAAGAGAAAAAGUCAUAGACGUCGCGCUAGAACAGUAGCUAGUGUUUUAGCUACUAGUAAAAAACGACUUGCAGUUUCUUUGGGUAUUUGUAAGCCAUGUACUCCCAAAUUAAUACCUAAUGUUAAAAAUCGACCAAUUAUACCAGAAAGAUCUGCAUUAAGAAUUUCCCGACAUAAUGCUGGAAUCUCAAAUUUAAGUCUUCUUGGAAAUCAUUUAAAUCUGGAUUAUAGUCCUCCCGGAUCGGAUGUUGAAGAUUAUCAUGCAACUAUUGGUCCUACUAUAACUGUCCAGAGGCAUUCUGUAAUUUCUCCUCGAAGACACUUACGUUUAAAAAACAUUGUCGCUCCACAACAACCUCAGUUUGAUCUUUUAAGUAGUAUAAUACAUGAUCAGGAGAUUUGGCAUUCAAAAAAUAAUAACGUGACUUUAAAAGCUAAUGGACUUGUCUUGACAGAAAAAAAGGAAAAAUUAAAUGAUUUAAAUAAAGAAAAAUUAGCAGAAAAAGGGUUAUCCAAAAGCGAAAAAACAGAAUCGGUUAUAAAAGAUAGAGUUGAUACACCACUAGAAAUUUCGAGAGCCGAUGUUCCACUCGAAGUUUCUACUAUUAAUCCAGAAUCGAUUACACAGGCUCCAAUGUAUAAUAAUCCCUGUGGGGGAGGAAACAGAGGCAAUUUUAGAGGUGGUUACAGAGAUAAUACAAGACAUAGUCAUGGGGGGCAAAAUUAUGGAAGAGAUUCUUUAGGUGGAAGUGGAAGACAUAGUUAUGGAGGAAGUGGAAGUAAUUUUGGGAGAGAUUUUGGAUCACCUGCGUUUUAUAAUCCAAAUUUUGAACAUUGUGGACCUCCAAUGUUUGGAGGUAAUCCUCCAUUUAGAAAUCGAAAUCCUCAACAUUUCAGAAAUGAAAGAUUCCGUUUCAUGCCUUCAGGGAGACCACAGUUUAAUUUCGCUGAAGGAUUUUCUGAACAUCAUUCUUUUCCUGAAAGAUUCAAUCGUCCUAGAUCCCCACAAGCUGCACUUGAACGUUCUCAAAAUAAUAUGCCACCAAAUUUACCAGAAGACACUCCUAGGAGUGAUUCUGUAGAGCAACAAUCACAAAAUACUGAAAAUACCUCUGUUAGACAAGAAGAGGAUUGUGAUAUUUAUUGCGAUAUUGAAACAAAAUCUGAUGGAGAGCUUCAAGAUCAACAAAAUGGUUCAAUGGCUUUGUUACCACCACCAGAGCCUCCAUCAGGACUUUUAGAUUUCGAAGAAAAUUCUAGAAGUGAUAAAGAUAGUGAUCAAGAAUUAGUUAUUGAUGAUAGUCAAAAAGAAGAUACCCCAAAAAAUGAUAAAUAUGAUCCUUUUUCUGUAGAUAGCGAUAGUGAUAGUGAAACAAAGAAAAACGAAGAAGUUACAGAAGGGAAGAAAGAACAAAUUGUGAAAAACGUUGUACAAACAGAAACUCCAGAUACAUCAAUACGUUUAUCAACUUAUGACGACGAGGAAGAAGAAGAUUCUCAAGCUGAUUGUCCAAAUUUCUCUAUUUAUUCAUCGCAAACAAUUGAUGUAGCUCGACAUACCGAACAACAAUUAUCUCAACAAAUAGGACCACUUGAACCGCCUCCUCUUCCUCCUUCGAUUCCAGAUGAUGACGAUGUCAUUGUUGGCGAUAUUCAGGCUUGCGAUCUAAGCGAUAUUCCAGAGCCUUCAGAUCCUUACGUUGAAGCUUUGAGAAAAGAAAGACAAACUUUAAGUAAAAUUCCACCGAAAAAGAUUUCUCACGAUAGCAGAGGAAAGAUUACAUUCAAAAUUGGUACUAAAUUGAAGAUUAAUAAUAGAUUGUUAGGAUUACAAGAGGAAGAAAAAGAGACUAUUGAUGAAAAGAAAAAAGAAACCGAGCCUGCAAAAGAAGAAGAAACUUCGGUUGAUCGCGAAGAGGAACGAAAAAGAAUUGCCAAGAACAAAUAUGAAGAAGAAGUUCAAUUGAAAGAAGAUAAGCAAGAAGAUCCGCAAGAACUUUUAACACCUUCGGAUUUGAAAGAAAAAAACGCAGAUGAAAAUGAAAAAGAAAAAGAAUGGAUAAGUUCGUCUAAAAAUGACACAAUUGAAAAAGAUUCAAAUGUAGCUGUUUCUCCAAAAGCAACCAUGUUGUCUCCUAAGAAAUUAGAAAAUGAAAUAAGCAGCGAAUGUCUGUCGGAAGAAACAAAUGAAAUCUUUGCUUCGCUUCAGAAGACAUUAAAAGUCGAUACUAAAGAAGAAGAUGCAAAAGAUCCAAAAAUUAAAGAGGAACAUGAUGUAAUAAAAGUUAAAGACUAUGAGAGUGAAAAAGACGUUAAAGAAAAGCGACAUAUUAGUAAGGAUGAAGAUGAUGAUGAUGAUGAUAAUGAUGAUGAUGAUGACGAUGAUGAAGAUGAUGAUGAUGAUGAUGAAGAAGAGGAGGAAGAGGAAGAAGAGGAGGAGGAGGAAGAAGAUGAUGAUGAUGAUGAAGAAGAAGAGGAGGAGGAGGAGGAGGAAAGAUUCCCCAUAGAAAAAGAAAAAUCGAACAAAAAAGAUACAAUUGAAGAAGAUGCUGAUAAGAACACAUGGGAAUCUGAUGGAGCUUAUACUCCUUGUAAAGACGAACUUCCCUUAAAGGAAACGAAAUCUUCUUCCGAACAGUUACCACCCAUUGAAAGUGGAUUGGAACCAAUUACACCAACAAAAGAUAAACCUGACGAUUUAGAUAGCUGUAGGACACCAGUAGAUUAUAAUGUCUUGGGUACAGAAGCUAUAUCUGAAACAGAUGAAGCAAUCAAUUUUGAAGAUGAAUUAACGUUGUUGAGUUUACGAAAGGAGAAAGAAAUGGAAGAUGGAGAAAUUGUUGAAGAAAAAACUGCGAAAGAAAAUGAUAAAACUGAAAAGGAAAAAGAAGACGAAAAGAAGCAAAAGAAAAAGGAAAAGAAAGAGAAAAGCAAGGAAACAGAAAAAAAUAAAGAAAAUAUUGCUUCAGAAAAUCAAGUAGCCUGGAAGAAACUUUCAAAAAGUACGAAAGAGAGGUCUUACAGAGAUAAAGAAAAGAGAUCAAAAUCGAAGGAAAGAGAAAAAUUAAAGAAAAAGAAAGAAGUGGUAAAGAAGAAAGAAAAAAGGAAAGAAUUACCCAGAUACGAUGUUAGGAAAAUAGUUGCUGAAAGACCUUCAAGACCUAGAAAGGAUGAAUACGGAAGAGAUAUCAGAGAAAAAUCGAGACAGAGAAGUAGGUCUAGAAGCUGUAGUUCAUCCAAACGUUCUAGAUCGUAUUCCAAGCUCCGUUCAAGAAGCAGAUCUAGAACUAGAUUACAAAGAUCGUGGUCUAGAGAUCGUAGAUCUUAUUCUAAAUCUCUUUCCAGACGACGAUCUCUUUCACGUGGAAGACGUAAAUCUCCGAAAAGAAGAUCGACCUCUAGAAGAAGAUCUUCCUCAAGAAAACGAUCCAUAUCUAGAAGAAGAUCGAGAUCUGUUUCUCGAAAACGAAGAUCCUUAUCAAGAAGAAGAUCCAGAAGAUCGAUCUCCAGAUCAAGAAGAUCUUUGUCAAGAUCGAGGCAAAGAAGAUCUAUAUCAAGAUCCAGAAGAUCUUUAUCCAGAUCUCGCGAUAGACGUAAGGACAAGAAAAAGUACAAAUCUCGAAGUCGGUCGAGAAACAGGAAGAAGUCCCGUUCAAAAUCGCCUAGAAAAUCUUCGAAAUCCAGAGAGAGAAAGCAUUCAAAGAGAAAAGCGCAAAGUAGAUCAAGGUCAAAAGGAAGAUCUUGUUCUAGAAAUUGGGAACAAGUUGAUAAAAUCGUAGAACAAGAGUUCUCUAGGGAAAGGGAAGAAAGAGAGUCUUGGAGUGCACAGUGGACACCAUCUUGGUCGAGAUCUAGAUCAAAAACACCACAACACGUACAACAAGAGCCAAUUACUUCUAGAGAAUGGUCGCCAAUGUUGGAUAACGUUUCUGUUCCACCAAAAAAUCUAACUGUAAUUUUAACAAACAAGGAAGCUAUUAAGAAAAAGAAGAAAGAACGGAAAAAGGAAAACAAGAAAACAAAAGAUGAAAAGAAGAGAAAGGGAAAGAGAAACAGGACUCCUCCACCAUCAAAAGAGGUUUUUGCCAGUGGGGAUAAUAUCUUAGUUAGCGUGUGUUUCAAUAAGGAUAAUGAAAACGAUCAGACAGGAGUACCAGAACUUUCAGAAACGAUUCCUUUAAUUCCUCCUCUGAAACGACGCCGUAGGGAAUCUCUUCAAACUGAUCCGCCGAAACGAUCAAAAAAGGAAAAGUCGAAGGACAAGCGCUCGAAAUCUCCAAAGCCUAAGAAGGAUAAAAAGAAAAAAUCGAAAGCGGCUGAAAUUGCAGCCACGAAGAAACCAGUCGCUGUAAUUGAUUUAGACCAGUCCCCAUUCCGGGAACAAACUCCAUCUCCCAGAGACGUGAUAGUUCUUAGUGACGAUGACGAUAAGCAAAUUCAACAAAUUAUGCCGGAUCAGUGUCAACCAUCUCAAAAUUCUCCGCCACGAGAACAAUUUAUUUCUCAGGGCCCAAAAACACCACCAGAGCCGCAAAUAAAAUUCUCAAUAAACAAGCAGAGCAGUAACUUACGGCCGUCAAUGUUAAAUCCACUCUUAGACGAGGAAGAGGAGGAAGAAAUGGAUGAAAGGGUCGAAGAGGAAUUAGAGAUGAGAGCACAAGAGGAAUUAGAAUUAAGAUUAAAAAUUGGACCAAAUACUCCUCCAGAACCUCCAACAUCUCCACCAACUAGUCCAGAUGCGUAUGAUCCAUUUGAUCCAACAAAAUCCAGAUCGCCGACACCUGACGUAAGUCAAGAGGCAAAUUCCAGCGAUGAAAGGGGAAGGUCGCCGAGGAAACACGAUUCUGCGGAUGCCAAUAUUCUCGAAGAGGAAAAUUUGCAGAGCCAAGAAAGGCAGAGUCAAGAAAAGCAAUUAGAGAAACCCAAGAUUAUCUCUAUGGUUACGAUCAAGAGAGCUUCUCCGCAAAGGGAUGACGUUAACGAUAAUGAGAACAAUAAGGAUACGGCAGUCUCAACUGGAAAUUUAGAGGUACAGCAGAGUCAGCAAAACGUGCAAAAUCAAAAUAAUCCUUUCGCGGUGAUGAAUCCUGUACUAGCUACAGUAGCUGCAGCAGUACAGAGAAGCGGAGUAUUCAAUGCGUCAAAUUCGAAUAGUAAUCAACGUAACUUGUUACAGUCGAACCGAAUUUCACCGAAUAAUCAGCAAAAACAACGUUCUGGCGAUCGUUCGCAGGCACCUCCGGUUUUUACGAAUUCAGGAAAAUCCUCGAGAAGUUCGAAGUCCGGACAGACGAAAACCAAUGGACAAAAUGGGAAUGAUACUUGCACAGAAGCAGUGGACAACGUGGAUAUGUCUUCUCCUUAUUCGCCUGGAUCGACGCUUAGCGAUGGAAUUUUCGAUCCUCCGAGUCCUACGAAUUAUAACAAUUCGCCAGGAGCUGGUACAGGAAGUGGAACAGCACCUGUUGGAUCUCAACCUACGAAAACCAAUAAUUCAAAAACGGUAAAAUCCACCGAGAAAAAAGAUGCUUUCGAUGCACUUUUUGGUACUUUGCCAGUCAGUAAAACUACCACUAAAUCGAGUAGAAGCAAAAAACCUCCGAAAGAUAAGAAAAAGAAGACGACGAAUCCAAAAGUCGGUGUUAGAAUGGAUGAAAACCAGCUUCAAAUAUUAGAUGAUCUUCCAAGUUCUGCGGUUGAAAUGCAAGUCAAGGAUAAGUUCCUAAAGAAAUUAAAUCGUCAAGAACGAGUGGUCGAAGAAGUGAAAUUAGUUCUGAAACCACAUUAUACAAAGAAACACGUAACGAAAGAGGAGUACAAGGAUAUUAUGCGAAAAGCAGUACCUAAGAUAUGUCAUAAUAAAACAGGAGAAAUCAACCCAAAAAAGAUUGCCCACUUAAUAGAAGCUUAUGUCAGGAAAUGCAGAAGUAGCAAAAAGAAAACUACUGAGAGUUCCUCUGUGAAGGCCUCUAAACCAGCAAAAAUUUUGUGGAGUUGAUCACGAGUCAGCUAGGUGUCUGUUCAAUUCCUUUCAAUUUUAUAGUUCAGAUGAUCGUCGUGCUCGAUGAGCGGUGAGUGAGCUUUGACAGCUAAUCUCCUCUUCGAUGAUGCGAUGUACGUUGUAUUCUCUGUAAAUACGUAAUUAAUUCAUUUAUUAAUCGAUUGGUUGAUUGGUCAAUUGAUUACUUGCUAAAUUGAUUGAUUGAUCGAUUAACUUUUAAGAAUACCAUCUAUUAUUUAUAUAAACAAUACCCUUCGUUUCAUCAGGGAGUCCAAUUGUCUCUACGGAAGAUCCAUGAUUCAUACAAUGUUAAAUUAAAUUUUGGUCUAAUUUUAAAAACUUCAGCAUUUUACAUCUAAAAUUACUAUAAUUUAUAUUUAUUUGAAUAUUUAAUUACAGAACUAAUUCAUUUUCCAUAUAAAUUGCAAACAAUGUAGAUUUUUGUGUUCAUUUUUUCUGAGUUAUUAUGUACACUUCAAAUGAAUGUAAUUGCAAUUGACAAUCUAAAUCAUCAAAUAUUUACUUUCUAUUUCUUACUUCAUAUCAUAAAUUUUACAAAUCUGUUAUUUUUAUCUAUUUUUUAAAAAAAAAUUUCAUAUUAAGAAACGUUAUUACUCAAGUUUCUACUACAAUUUGCAGUAUUGUUGAAAUGAAUGAGUAUCAAGACAUGUACAGUUAAAAUUUUAUGAAAAAGGAAAUAUAAAAAAUUUUAUAUGAAUAUUUAUGCUAUUAUGAGAAACAUUAAUAGUAACAUUAUUUUUUAUGACACCAAUAUUUA